CACACUGGAAUACGAGCCCGAGAGAGAGCUGGGCGGAGAGAAAAGGGGUCGCGUCUCACCUUUCAGCAAAGAUAGAGAGGGGGAGAUAUUCGAAAAGUUCAGUCUGCCCUCGGCGCGCUUGCUUGCAAGGCACGACUAGCCCUCUCAUUAUUGGCCGCCUGUCAGCACCGUAACAGACGGCAGAUGCGAGCAUUCAAACAAGAUCCGUUUCUGAGCUGAGCAGACCAUGCAGGCACAGGCAGUUUGAGUAGGUUUUGUAAGAGGGAGGAGGACGGAAGGAAGCAAAGAGGGGAAAAGAGCCGGAGAAAAGUUUGUAAGGAGACUCGUGACGGAGACGUUGCCGGUUGGUCGUAAAGCGCACAGUGGUGAAAGACUGUUCAGAGCUGGUAUCGCGGGGCAAAUCUAUCCUCAAAGAAACAGACAAGGAUUCCGUCGUUGGCCGCUGAACCGUGGAGAGAGGGAUUUUAUUGAUAUUCGACAGCUGCCGGCCACUCGCCUGCUUCUGUUUGCUGGGAUUUAGAUGCGUUGGGAAGCCACCAUGCGGCGCGAUCCCAUUUUGUUUGCGUCCAGGGCCAUGGAGGAGUUGGUGUGUGAGCUGCGUCUGUUCCUGGACCUGCUGGACAGGGAGUAUCUGAGUUCUGGGGUCCGGGAGAAGAAGAUGCUCAUCUCCAACAUCCUCCACAGGGUCCUCAACGCUAAUGAGCCCUCGUUCAAGUCAGAGAUCCACAGCAGCCUCCCGGCCCCCCCUCAGAUGCCCCUCCCAGAGAUCCCACAACCCUGGCUGCCUCCAGACAACGGGCCUCCUCCUCUCCCCAGCUCGUCUCUCCCAGAGGGCUACUAUGAAGAGGCCGUCCCCCUCAGUCCUGGAAAAGCCCCAGAAUACAUCACCUCCAACUACGAUUCGGACCAGAUGAGCAGUUCGUAUGAGUCGUAUGACGAGGAGGAGGAGGACGGGAAGGGUAGAGGGAAGAAGAUGCGACACCAGUGGCCUAGCGAGGAGGCCUCCAUGGAUCUCGUCAAGGACGCACGCAUCUGUGCCUUCCUGCUGCGCAAGAAACGCUUCGGCCAGUGGACCAAGCUGCUCUGUGUCAUCAAGGACAACAAGCUGCUGUGCUACAAGUCAUCUAAAGACCAGGCGCCCCAGAUGGAGCUAGUGUUAUCAGGCUGCAGCAUCACACACGUCCCCAAGGACGGCAAGAAGAAGAAACACGAGCUGAAGAUAGUGCACCAGGGAGCAGAUGCCCUGGUCCUGGCCGUGCAGAGCAAAGAGCAGGCUGAGGAGUGGCUCAAGGUGAUGAGGGAGGUGUGCAGCAACGGAGGGGACUCAGAUGGAGCAGGCGCCGGGUCUCCUGUACACAAGCCCGACCUGGAGAAGAAGGUGUCAUGUGAUAGGCCGAGCUCAGAUGGCGAGCCGCCCCAUGAGAACGGACACACCGUCACCGACUGUAAGGACCAAGGUAAAGGAAAGAAGGACUCUCAGAAGAGUCAGAAGGGAGGCACGCUGGGAAAAGGGGCGGGAAAGAAGAUAACUAAGAUCAUUGGCCUGGGCAAAAAGAAGCCGUCCACUGACGAACAGACCUCUUCAGCCGAGGAGGACAUACCCACCUGUGGCUACCUGAACGUGAUGUCCAAUAACCGCUGGCGUGAGCGUUGGUGUCGUCUGAAGGACAACCAGCUGUUGCUCCAUAAGGACCGCGCUGACCUGAAGACCCAUAUGGCCAGCCUGCCCCUCAGAGGCUGCGAGGUCAGCCCCGGGCUGGACUCCAAACACCCCUUCGCCUUCCGCCUGCUCCGCAAUGGACAGGAGGUGGCUGUACUGGAGGCAUCCUCCUCAGAGAGUAUGGGUCGGUGGUUGGGGGUGCUGCUCGCUGAGACUGGUUCCACCACAGACCCUGCUGCCCUGCACUACGACUACAUAGACGUAGAGACUACCGCUAACGUCAUCCAGCUGGCCAAGCAGUCCUUCUGCUUCACUAGUAAACGCGUUGUAUCUCCCAACCCCUAUCUGGACAACCCUGUGAACGGUUAUGCCUGCCCCUCUGGAAUGGCACUGCACUAUGAUGAUGUGCCCAUCAAUGGAACGGACCCAGAGGCGUUAUACUCCAGCCCUGCCACCGGAGGGCGACGUCUGAGAGAGGAGGUGUUGUAUGAGGAUGCUGACCUCUAUGAGAACAUGCCUUCGCCCAAGCUGGCCGCCCGCUACUCCCCCAAGCCCAGCCGCCUAGCCUCUUCCUCCAGCCACUGCAAAACCCCUGGCCCUGUUAAAUCCAAAUUCCUCUCCUCCUCUUCCUCAGCUAACACUAACACUAAAGCCGGUACUCAGCUGAAGGGAAAGAAGGCCCCAGUGACCAAUGGGACAGCGUCUAAACAGAAGGUGGACAAGAACCAGGCCAAGAAGACCAAUGGAACAACCAGUGGAGCAUCUGUGAAACGCAACAACUCCAGCGCAGAGCAGUAUAAGUACGGGAAGAACCGCGUGGAGGCGGACGCAAAGCGGCUGCAGGCUAAAGAGGAGGAGCUGAUGAGGAGGAAGCAGGACAUCAGGAACCGUCUGACCCAGCUGAAGAAGGACCGGAAAGACCUGCGCACCGCCAUGGAGGCCAGCACCGGUAAGCGUUCCGCUGCGUCUCUGGUGGAGCGGCUGAAGAAGGUGGAGGACGAGUGCAAGCUGAAGGAGGACGAGAGGGUGAGCCUGGAGCUGGAGCUGACGGAGGUCAAGGAGAGUCUGAAGAAGGCCCUGAGUGGAGGAGUCACCCUGGGACUCACCAUUGAGCCCAAGUCUGGCACCUCCAGCCCGCAGUCCCCAGUGUUGCUGAGGCGUACCCAAGAGAACUCUCCCAUCUCCAGCUGUGACACCAGCGACACAGAGAGCUGUUCUACUCUGCCCGUCAACAGCGCCUCCCUCCUCCGCAGGACGGCCAAUCAGAAACCCUCGACCGUCCGCGGCCACGUCCUCAGGAAGGCCAAGGAAUGGGAGAUGAAGACUGGCACAUAAGCAGCAACUCUCUUCACAAACGAUCCUAUUGUACCAGCUUGUUUUUUUUGUGUGUGUAUAUAUUUAUUCACUUUUCACAUGGGGGAAGAAGGUUGAAGAGGAGUACUCUACAAGCGUAGCAUAGCCAACCAGAAAGACGAUGCUGAUUUUGAGUAUACUUUAUUUCCAAAACAUAAAGAAAUUAGCACUCUUUUUGUAGCUUACUAUUGUAUAAUACCGUGUAUUAUAUCUGGCAUGUUUGAAAUACUCUGUCGUGCGGUUUUGGUAUUCGUCCAAUCGUUUUCUUUCUUUUCAAGCAGACAUCCAAUCAUAGACGGUCUUUUGUGAUCUGUUUCUCCAUCACACACAAAUCUGGUUUCUACAACUCUUGGGGUUCAAAAAUCAAGUGCAAAACCAAGUAUUUAUUUGUAAAUGUUUAUUAAGUAAACAUCCCUGUGAUUAUUUAUGUUGAUAAUAUUUAAUGCUUGUUUUAUAGUAUAGCUGGCUCUCCGUAAGCGCCCAUGUUAUCUUUCCUACUCAGUUAGAAGCUCUCUUGUUCACAAGCAUAUGUUUAGAGUGGUAACUGCACUGCGCCACUAAUGUUCACGUCAUCUAAAUGGGUUAAUCGAAUCAUCACUAUCACUGUUAGGCAAUCCAGAUGAUUUGCAGAUCAUCAAACCAGCAACACACCUACUCCCUACUGGUUGAUGCUUGUGAGUGGGCCAUUGGAAUGCUUCACUCAGUAAAGUGCAGGUCAGGCUAAGGCGUGGUCGUGUCCUGGUGAGUUUGGCCUCUGGCAUUGGAAAAAUCCUAAAACCUCAAGUAACGUGGCCUCUUAUAUUUAAGCUUGACAACCAGGAGCCUCGGCCCAGCUCUUUUAAUCAUGCCACUGGUGUACUGUAGCCCUGUGAUCUGAUCUGGUAUGUGUAUGUGUGGCUUGUGUGUGUGUGUGUGUGGCUUG